AUGCAUUUCUCUACUUACACCACCGCGAGCGUGCUGGCUGCUUUGGCCACAGCUCAGACCUUCACCGAUUGCAACCCCAUGGAGAAGAAGUGCCCCAACGACCCUGCCAUGCCUCAGACCUGGGAAACAGACUUCACUGCUGGCAAGGAUGCUAUCAAGGGUUGGAAGCAGACAGCCGGAACUCUUAACUAUGUACCCGAGGGCGCUGAAUUUACUGUUGCUAAGAAGGGCGAUGCCCCUACCAUCGGAUCCGAGGCCUACCUUCACUUUGGAUACGUCGAAGUUGUCAUGAAGGCAGCCCCUGGCGUUGGUAUCAUCUCCUCCAUUGUGCUCCAGUCCGACAACUUGGAUGAAGUUGAUUGGGAAUGGAUUGGAGGUGUAGACAGCCGCGUCCAGCAAAACUACUUUGGAAAGGGCAACACUACUACAUAUGAUCGCAUGAUCGAGGCUGAUGCUCCCAACAACCAAAACGAGUUCCACAAGUACGCUCUCAACUGGACUGCUGAGUCACUUACCUGGAUCGUUGAUGACAAGCCCACGCGUACUUUGAACUUUGCUGAUGCCAAUGGCGGCAAGAACUACCCGCAGACGCCUUGUAAUGUGCGCCUUGGAAACUGGCCAGGUGGUGACUCCAAAGAUGAAGGUACUCGCCAGUGGGCGGGUGGCAACGUCACUUACGACGAUGCGCCCUUUACCAUGACCGUCAAGUCGAUCAAGGUUAUCAACUACUCGCCCGGAAAGGAGUACGAGUGGACAGACAAGACUGGCGACUUUAAGUCUAUCAAGGUCAUCGAUGCCGGUAACACAGAGGGUGCUCCUGUCAACUCUGUAGCUAUCGAGGCCUCCGCUACUGCUCCUGCCGCUCCGCUCGAGUCUGGUGUCGACGCACCAUCUGCUACUGGCGAGGCUGGAAACGGUUCUAACGCAUCCACCACAUGCACUGAGAGCGAGCAGUCAGGUGCGACACCUGCCCCAGUUGACGGCGCUGGCGGCGCUGGCGGCAAGUCUGACUUCAACUACCCCACUGGUGGUGCAGCUGUUCCUCAAAAGUCAGGCAGCCCUGACUCUCCCUCCGGCGAUUCUCCUUCUGGCAGCGACAAUGGAGAUGAGCCAUGCGAGUGUGGCACUGCCACUGUUACUGUCACUGGUGCUCCUCCUGCUAUCACUGACGCACCACCCGCCACUUUCUCGACUGAAUACUCUGCCGUCCUCCCUUCGGAUGUCGCUUCAUCUGUUGCAGAGACACCAUUGGCCAGCACUGCUCAGACACCUAUCGUCACUUCUGCAGCACCUUCGUCUCCUCCCUACCCAACUGAGUCCGGCAUUGAGAUUGACACUAGGUCUGCACCUGGUGUCGUCGUACCCUCAGCGCCCACCGGUGCCCUACCCCAGCAAUCUGGCAACGCCACUGUCUCUGCACCUCCAGCAGAGUUCACUGGUGCUGCGAGCCACAUGAAGGCCAGCGGUCUUGUCGGUGCUGUUGUAGGAGCUGUCUUGUUGGCCUUCUAG